AUGGCCUAUACAACAGCGUACCAGUACCAGGGCUCCCAAACCUAUGUACUCAGAUGCUUUUCGUGGAGAUCGAUUCUUGGUAUCGUUGGUCCCUUGGCCCUCUUCUGCUUUUACGCAUUCAUAUGCUUUUACUUUCUAAAUCGCAAGCCUGAGAACGACAUAUUGCCUGCGAGCUCAAUUGAUGCAGACGUACCCUUCUACCUUUACUUUAUCGUCUCAAUCUUCACGUUGGAAUGGGCCCGAACGGCGCUAUCGAACUUUCAAGCCGCAGCAUUAAUGCGUCCUAGUUACGGCCCAACUAACGCUAUGGGUUUGAUGUGGCAUGCCGACGACAACUGGGCUAAUCCGCUCUGGUGGCUAAGAGCCUUGCGAAACUUAGUAUACACCCGGCUCAGUCGGCCGGGUGUGAGAGGUAUGGGCAGCAACCGCAACUAUCGAACGACCCCGGGGCUGCUCUGGGUGUUCCUCAGCUUCACCUCGAUGCUCAUAUUCGUGGCAAUUCCACUCAGUGGACUCACACUUGAAUUUACUCCGGCUCUCAAGACAGGACGCAGGCAAGCGACUAUACUUGGACCGACGGCAAAGACCGUGAAUAUGAAGGCUCGCAACUCACUGCCCUCCAUUAUCGAGGGCAGCUGGAAAACAGGCGACCUUGCAACUCCUCCUGAUUCUUCUUACUUCUUCGCUCCAGAUGGCAGCCACAAUGUGUCGCUGACCUAUCUUGAAGACAUGAGCAUCCUCAAUCCGAAUGAGGGCUUCACCACCUUUCUCGGCCCCGCAAUUAAAGACCUGGUAUCAGGAACCACGUUCGGAUUGGAGGCCUCGCUUCGAUGCCAGCACGUUGAUGAAAGAGCCUUACGAUUGACUGACUCUCACGAGUGGGACCUGUAUAACCUCACGUAUACCCUCGACGGCUCCGUUUCCUCAACCGUGGGCAGCGGUGCAGAAGUUGAACGCUAUGGGAUCGUCUUUUUAAAUGAAACGAGAAGUGCAGAUCUUCAAAGUCCUUACUCCCUCAUGAUUGCGGCUGAUGGAACAUGGUACGGCAAUUCGCCAUAUGUCGAUCCGGACAAUAUCGAUCGCCAACUCUACAGCUAUGCAGUCGACAAUGGCACAUCGGAUGGAACUCCAUCGGGUCUGCUGGAGAUGUAUCUUUGGCAGGCUGGCGACAAAUCUAACGAUACCGUCUGGAAGACACUUCAAGCCGAUCCAUCACCGCUCCUAGCCAAGGCCACUCUCCCAUCGCAAUCUCAAGUGGAUGAGGACAUGGGCUUGGUCGGAUACGCCAUACAAUGUCAUGUGCGAAGCAGGGUCGGGCAUGCACGUCUGGACCCCAUGAAGCGCACUUACAGCGACUUCAAGAUAACGAAUACAACAGGCAAUGGAGGCGACAACGACGUCUACGGCUUACAAAUGCUAUCGAUCAUGGCACUUAGUGACUGGGACGGCGUCAAUUACCGACCUCGUCAAGUCUCGCUCGCCGGGUUUGAGUCUCGCUGGGUGUCUCUGCAUCAGGGUCUUGGUCAGCCGGCCUCAGAGAUAUGCAUCAGCGAAUGCGAUAAUCCAGCCGACGAAAACUACGGUACAGGAGUCCGCUAUUUGGCCCUCACGCCCACCGAUGCUACACGCGCGCUGUACAGACUCUUGGGCCAGAGCAUGAUUGCCAUCAUGAGUGCAGGGUCGCAGGAUCCCUGGAAGGAUGACCUGUUCCUCCUUGACUCGGCUCGCUGGCUGAAACCGGGACCCAUGCCCUGGAAGCCGGUGCUUGCCAUACUCGCCCUCUGGACCGCCAUCACCAUCAGUCUGUCAAUCUGGACUCUGACAACCAAGCGAUGGGCUCCCACCAUGAGCGGCUUCGAACUGUUUCGCUUCGGAGGCCAAUUCGCCGACGAGAUCAAUGGCUUCGACUCCGGGCGGUUUGAGGCCUGUGACGAGCUACGCAAGAUUCCCGGCCUCGUGGGCGUUCUCCCAGGCUUGGCUGCGGACGGGGAGGCGGGCUUCAUUGGCUUGAGCGAGAGCCCCGCGCAUCGGGAUGGGAGGUACGUGUAUGACCGGCGAAGGGCAGCGAGGUAUCGGAGGCUGUAG